GCAGUGCCAGCUACAAGUCACGGUCCACUGACGCUUGUGUCGGUCAUGUGAUUUCACCGCGACAACUGCCGCAACACGCAGACGGACGCAAGGUCCGCCAUCUCGCUGGGUCACGUGGGGUCUGCGACUACAACAAGGUUUUUCUCCCUGCAGGUGCCACGCCAUUACGCUAAUGGUCCCACACCUAAUGGCUGUCUUAACGUGCAUUACUGUGCACCAGGUGGCGCGGUGAGCGGCGGUUGUGGGGUGCGGGUAGUUCCAGGCGCCAUUUUGAUGACGCCACUGUCCGCCGCAGUGUCACUGGCUUGUUUUACGCUCGCGUCCUCGAGGUCACAGUGUGAACUGAACGUGAAUUCUGUCAGUUAUGUGAGCAGACGACAACUUGAAGCCGCGUGAAGAGCUCGCGGUGUAAGCAGGCGCCAGACUGUUUAAUAGCCGGCAGCUGAAGCAGGGAGACAACCUCAGGAUGACGACUGUCUGCUCCGCGUCACCCACAUCCGGGCCAUCGCCGCCGGUAACGUUUUCGCUCUCCGGCGAGCGAGACUUCCUGGAGUCUGCCAACAAACUUUCCCCCACAGACGAGAGGGAUUUCUUGGAAUCCGCCAAAAAAUCCUCGCCCUCCAGGUCUUCAUCGUCGUCGUCUCUUCACUCGGCAUCGUCCGACGACAAACCUCACCAGGACUUCUACUCUCUGUCCCUCAAUCUCAACCACCGCCUGCACGACCCCUUCAGCACUACCACCGAGGUGGAUGAUGACGAGGAGAUGGUGCCCCUAGGGGCCAUGAGGCCCCGCACCUACAGCCUGCCUGCCACCGAGGUCCGCAGUUUCCGGCCGGUGGCAGAGCCCCCGAGCGUUUGGCGUGACGUGUACACGUGUCCCGUUCGCUCCUUCAGUCGCACCACCAAGGGAGUGGUCAACCGUGGCGACUCGGUGCGCAAGUGCAGCAUCAACAGCCUGUUGUCGUCCGGCAGCACCAUGACCGAGGGCGAAGAACGUCACCGAGCACUGUCCAUUGCGUCACAAGAUGGCGUCGGCUUCGAGCUGUGCGGCGGGGUGGGUGUGGACGGCAACGUGGCGCCCCCCUACUUCCGGGUAGCCAUCUUGGGUACCAUGGGGGUGGGCAAGUCGGCCCUGUUUCGGCAGUUCAUGUCUUCAGAAUAUCUCGGCACUUACGAAACCAACUGUGAUGUGGAGAAGGGCCGGCCAUCGUGUCUGUGCUGCUGGACGGAGAAGAAUCGAUCAUGGAAUUUUCUGAAGGGCCGACGGUGACGCAGGAAGAUGACUCGAAGUACGACGCGUACAUCAUCGUGUUCUCUGUCACUGACCGAGCCUCGUUUGACGUGGCGGCCUUCCUGCUGCGCUACCUGCAGGUGGAGGUGGGCACUGACCGUCCCAUCAUCCUCGUGGCCAACAAAGUGGACCUGGUCCGGCAGCGGCGAGUGACGGGGGCCGAAGCCAAGGAGCUGGCGGUGACCUAUGACAGCAAGUACACGGAGACGUCAGCUGCCCUCAACGACCACGUCGACGACCUGCUGGUGGGCACGCUCUCACAGAUUCGCCUCCGCCUGUGUCCCCCGUCAGCCACCCUCCUGCCCCCUCCUCCCUCCCCCAAAACCAAAUGCCGCACCCCGUCGCCUCUGUCGCUCUUCAGCCGCUUCGUCAAGUACGCCACCCGCAAGUCCAACUCCUGCGACAAUCUGCUGCUGCAGUGACGUGCCGCAGACAGUGGUCAAUGGAUGACACCUCACCUUUGACCCCAGGACUGUCACUUCGUGUCAUGAAACGAGAGAAGAGAAUUGGUUAAUUUUGUCGCUCCACCCUUUCUGUUACAACCACACCCACAAUGCCCUCCGCCCCUCCCAGCAGAACAUGGAGAGGGGAGGGAACUGUUACCAGAAGGAACUGCAGACCCUCUCUCACUAAUUCCAAGACAUGAUUCGCAGCUGUGACACUUGCAGACGAAAAUCCCUGCAUACAGCUUGUACUAUAGGUGUCUGUGAGUGUGGUCCUUGCUUCUGUCUUCAGAUGCAGGCGGCCUUUGACCCCAGCAGUGAAGGGUGGCUGUGGUAGGUUCAGUUCUGUUUUCUCUGUCUGUGGCUCUGUUUGCCGUGAUGUAGCCUUAGUUUCUGGCACCGAUCCCCCUCACCUGCCCCACCAUCAUCUUCAGAGUCAAGCGGAAUAGAAAAGAUCCAAGAUAUUCCUCAGGUGGCCUCUACGAGGGCCGAGAGACCUUCCCUCCCCGCUGCUGACCUCUUCUGUUCAGAGAGCCUCGGCCUGACUCUGGUGCUGACGUCAGACAGGCAAGCCGUUGUAGACAGGUUGUCUUGUCAGACCUCCACUGGAAACCCGUAAUACAAGACUCACUCAUCAGUGAUAACUCGACCUGCUUGUCUCUCACCCCGUAUUUCUAAAUCCGAUCAGGAGGAUGAGGAGUCUGGUCUGUGAAGCUUGAACCAAACAGUACUGCUGAUCUCCCCUGGCAGGUUAUCUGCCCAUGUUCAUCAUGGUCUGUAACGUGUUGACCAACGUUCACCACGUUUAUCAAGAGGUGGGUUCAGUGAAACUGUAGUCAUGCCAGUGUUUAUUAGAAGAGUUACUUUGUAAUAGUUUAUGUGUGUGUAGAAGGGUGGGUAGAAGAAUAGGAAUAUGAGAGGGUAUGUGAGAGAGAGAGUGAGAGAGAGAGAGAAAGUCCGACUGGGAUGAACUUUACACAACCCUCAUGGUGAUCAGUCACCCAUGGACAUCAAAAGUCGCUGACUGUUUGAAAUUUCUCUGCGAUUAGAACCGUUGUCAUUUUCCAUUCCUGUCAAGUUCUGCACGAGACCGGAACUCUCAGUACAGUACUUCCGCCCACCUGCAUCACUCAGCCGUCAUCUCGACUCACUGGUGGUUGAGUAAACGGACUUAAACGGAGCUGAGUAACAUCCAUCCAGUAUUAGAGACAACCACAUAGCACAGUUUGUUAUAGCCACAUGUUACAAGCGACUAUCGCUGUCGUCAUCGAAGUCCUCUCUAGACCAGUAAGUGUGUGAGUAGUCGGCACUCACACUACUCAUGGCUGACAGAGCGCUUGGUAUCAUUGUCACUGCCCGAAGAUAGUCUAAUGUUAAAAACUAAACAUCUAUCCGUAUAUAUUUGUAGUUUGUAUAUGAAGAAAUGCAAAAUGUAUAUAAUAUAAUUGUAUAUAGCACCGUCUACACAAAUAAAUUACCAAGCACACAAUCUGAUGACGUCAUGCAUUCUUGUGCUUGGGGCACCAACGUCCUCCUCUGGUGAGGUGUGACUUGUGUGACUACCGUUGUUAGUGUCUACCUGUGCCGGCCAUGACUACAGGUAAACAGGUAACUUGUCUCAGGAUUUGUUGAGCUGUGGCCUGACAGACGAGAGACUUGUCACCACGUGUUGACGAUAGCAGGUCGAUCAUUCCAUUGUAAACAUUUCUUGUUCUUCUCUCCUGUUGACUACAACUACAGCUUUAAUCUGUCUACUAUGAUCACGACAGUAGUUGUGCAAGUGAUUAAAGUGUUUUGAAAAUAAAAAUGAACUGGAAUUAUCUACAUUUCUAUGACAUUAAAAGUGUGAAGAUUA